AUGACUUGUGUUGUUGGAUUGCCUACCUCGAGUUCCUAUACAGUAGUCAAACUCUGGAUCAAGAAUCUAUACUUGUUAAAACAGAACUCUAUUUCCUUUCACAUAUUCCAAGCGAACUCAGAUUUCCUGGCCAAGAAUGUUUUAUUCACGUCGUUAGCCUUUCCGGUUCGAAUUCCGUGGAGGUAUAUUUGGACGAGUAUUCGCAAAUUUACCUUUCUUUCUUUCUUUCUUUCUUUCUUUCUUUCUUUCUUUCUUUCUUUCUUUCUUUCUAAGCCCAAUGUCACCGCCUCCGACCACUUCAAACCCACCUUCAAAUCAUCCUUAUCGAGGCUUUUGAACAGGCCAAAAAUAUGCAUCUGCUCUCCUCCCGUCUUUCCUUACUCUCUUUACUUCUCUCUCAUUGCUUUCAUUCUCUCUCUCUCUUUCUCUCUCUCUCUCUCUCUGUCUCCGUAUUUCGAAUUUACCUUUCUUUCUUUCUUUCUUUCUUUCUUUCUUUCUUUCUUUCUAAGCCCAAUGUCACCGCCUCCGACCACUUCAAAUCAUCCUUAUCGUGACUGUUUCAUUUCGCAUUUUCGACACAAAUCCUGCUUACCCUCCAGUUGA